CAAUUUGAGGUGGAAUGGGGCGAUCGCGUGUUUGAGUAGGGAAUCAUCUAACGUUACAUUUGCCAAUAUGUCGCAGUGCACGGGAGAAGUUGUACAACAAGGAAACGGAUAUUUAUUUUAGCAUCACACAUCGUGGUCGUGACGAGUCUCGAGGGGUUUAGGUGAGGAAAUUUUUGCGUGGAAAUUAAAAUAGACACGACGCACAAGAAUGAGACGCGGACAAGUUUGUACACGCAGCUCGCCGUCGCUUUCAAUGUGUGGAUCCAAUGCUAACUCAAUAUGAGCACUAAACAAAAGUAGCUGAUAAUUUGCCUUUGAACAUUCAGAGAAAGAGGCCAGGAAGAGAGAGAGCAUCAUGGCUGUGUUCAAGCUGGAAAAUGUGGAAGACCUUUAUGAGAUUGGAGAAGUUUUGGGAAGUGGUCACUUCGGGCAGGUGCGUCAGGUGCGAGAGCGGGCCACUGACGUUUUGUGGGCGGGUAAAUUCCUGAAGCUGAAGCGAGGUGCAGGAAGCAGAUUGGGACUGGAGAGGAAGAGUGUGGAGAGAGAGGUCGAGAUCCUUCAGUGCCUCAGUCAUCAAAACAUAAUGGCUAUCAAAGACGUUUUUGAGAGCAGGACGGAGGUGGUCCUCAUCGUUGAGCUCAUAAAGGGUGGUGAACUCUUCGAUUUCAUUGCUGAGAAGGAAAAUCUAACUGAGACAGAAACCAUUCCAUUCAUGAAACAGAUUCUGGAAGGUGUAAACUACAUGCACCAAAAAAACAUCGCUCACUUUGACCUUAAGCCUGAGAACAUCAUGUUGUUGGACAAACAUGCCACUAUCCCAGACAUCAAAAUCAUUGAUUUUGGCAUGGCGCACCGUUUCAUUCAAGAUGAAGAGUACAAGAGUUUAGGUGGAACCCCACAGUACAUUGCCCCUGAGAUCAUCAACUUUGAGCCUCUUACUACAGCAGCGGAUAUGUGGAGCAUUGGUGUCAUUACGUACAUUCUUUUGAGUGGCCUGUCUCCGUUCCAAGGCGAGACGGAUGAAGAAACUCUCAAGAACAUUGUGGCGAUGAACUAUGAGUUUGAGCCUCAGCACUUCAGCCAAACCAGCAACAUGGCCAAAGACUUCAUCCAGAAACUGCUAGUUAGAAAUCAGAAUGAAAGAAUGACAGCAGAAAUAUGCCUCAUUCACCCCUGGAUUAAGCCUUUGAACAGAACACAGAUCGCCAGGAGGAACCGCUCCUCCAUCAACAUGAAGAACUUUAGGAAGUUCAAUGCAAAGAGGAAAUGGAAGAUGUCAUUUAACAUGGUUUCAGCUUGUAAUCGGUUUAGUCGAUUGCAGUUACUGUGUAAGGCCCGCUGUACAGGACAAGAAGAACUGUUUACAGACUCUACUGAUGUCAGAGAGAAAACAGUGGUAUUUAAGGACACCGAUUUCAGUGUUAUCUGUGAGAGAGAUUGUGAGAGCGACCAGGAGGACACAGGGACCAAACCUGCCUCUCUCUUACGCCGCCGUCUUAGUAGCAAUUCAUAAAGAGAACCAAAAACUACCAGCAUCUCCCUGUAAUGAAAUAAUGGCAGUCAUUAUUUCUGCAGUACUCUGUACCACCGGCAGGGGGAGGUCACGCACACUUCAUCCGCACUCAAAAGGCCUUGAACCUUAGUGCAUGCGAUUGCCUAACCACCACACUUACAUAUCCUGUUACAGUGGAAGACGUCAUUUCAAAGAAGGAUGGGACCAUGAGAUCAUCAUGGUAUUUUUUAACUAAUAUGCAAGCAUGUUUGUGGAGCUCUACCUCUGAUAGAUUAAAGUGCUACUGACAGGAGGGUCUCUGAAGGAUGUACCUACAACUAUUAAUCUGAUCAAAAUGAUUUUACUCACCCGGGAUACAAAUGUGUUUUUUAUUGUUGGUUUGGAAAUAGAGAGAAUAAAACUCUUGGGAUAAUUUUUUUAUAGUUUAACUGUAAGUGUGAAGUUAUGGCACAAAACAAUGACACAAAACUUAUGUAAGAAAUCAAGCACAUAGGUAAAUUGUAAAAAGGACCUAACAAGUUGAGACCUCUGGGCCGAGUGCCUUAAACUAUAGACAUCUUCUCAAAAAGCGACUAAUUUGUGUUGUCUUGUCUUGAAAAGCACACUUUACUCCCAUUACUGAUAACAUGUACUCCCCAAUACUGCCUCAGUAGUUUUGUGUGACUGUGUGUUUCAACCAGUUGCCUUUCUCUGUUUGGCUAAAUUGUAAUAGAAAUAUUGUGAAGGCAAAUGAUCUGUAAACAUGCAGCCUGUUCUUUAAUGUUUAUUGCGCUAAUACUGACAGUUAUACUAAUUUAGUAUGGGUGUUGGUGUGCUUGAUGAGUUUAUUAUAGUGGCCAUUUACGGUCAUCUUUUACUGUUGGUUAUUAAUUUAUGACAUUUUUAAAACAGCGAAUUCUGCUUGGCAAGCUGUAAGGCAAUUUUGAUCGCUUUUUAAUGCCUGUUUGGACAAUUCAUCAACAUUACACAGUGGGUAAAAUUUAAUCAACAUAGAUUUCCUGUGAAGAGCCCCUUAAAAUGUACUUGAACAUCAUAUUGCAGUGUUGACUUUUAUUCAAAUGCUGCUUGACUUUAAAGGCGUCUAGACACUACUUGUUUCCUAUAUUAUCAGUGGGUCAAGAAAGUAUAUUAGAUUUGUUGUUGAUAGCGAAUAUAUCAAACAAUAUUUUUAUGAAAAGAGCAAAUCUCAGCUAGAUUAUUUUCUCCAAAGUAUUUUGGUCUUCCUUGUAGGUCUUUAAUCACUGUUCAUUUGAAAAAGUCUUCCAUCAUUCAGAUAUUAAAGCAUUGGCUUCUUUGUCCACAGUCCUGCCUGUGAUGUAUCGCACAACUGUCUGUUGUAUCAUAAUAUAUUUUUAAUACUAUAGUUGAUGUGCAAGAAUGCUGUUGUGUGCCUUCUGUUAUGCAUUGCUGUAUUAUUAUGUAACAGCACAAUGUAUCAAAUGUGAUAAUUGACCACUGUUUGAUUUAGUACAGUUUUGUUUUAUUACUUUAUUUAUGUCUAUAGCGUUCCAGAUUUGUAUCACACACACAUUGUUUUAUCAGAAUGAGAGGAAGCCCUCUGUUUUCCUGCCCUAUUUUUGCAGUAUUUGUGUGUGUGUUUUUUAGGUGCAUUUGUGCAUGUUUUAUGAUUUGGUGUGUUGUUUUUGUAUUUUUUUAUACUAAUGUAUGUUAUAGAAAAAGUUGUAGUUAAGAAAGAUAGUUAUAAUAAAAGUAGAUGCAUGCAAUUUUA